AUGAAUAAACGAGGUAUUCGGUCCGAACCGAUCACCCCACCUACCUCCCCCGAGAAAUUUGACUUAUCUCGGGAAAUAAGAGUGGAGGGGGUUGUAGUAGUCAAUGUCGUAUCAUCAUGCUUAGAUCCCUCGGCGAUACCCGAUGCCAUACCCCUUCCUACUUCAUCAGAUGAGUCGAUUUCAGCCGGGGAGGAGGAACAUUGUCCUUAUCCGUGGGAGGUUUCAAUUGCCUUUCCACCUGUACAUAAUAGUUACUUAGAUAUUUAUUUGAACAGUGGUUUCGUCCAAAUAAUGUCCGAGGGAGAGGAUCAGACAUCUUCUAGCUUCGAUGAUUACCCUGCGCCUGAUCCUGCCGGGGGUCCGGCUAAUUUUUAUCUCAAGCCUGGGUGGAGGAAAACCUUGAAAGGACACAUCGAUCACCUGAAUAAGAAGUAUUCGCUCAAGGGUGAGUAUAUUUUGUAUAGGCCGGGGGUGUUACACACUAUCUUGACUCCGUCUCCGGGUUGUACGGCCGUGUACAAGUCGGGUCUUCAGCUGGGUCUUCGAUUUCCUUUACAUCCCUUUAUUGUUGAAUUGCUUAGCGCCUAUAACUUGUCUAUCUGCCAGUUGAUGCCCAACUCAUGGGCUUCUAUAAAUUCGGUGUUGGCCAUUUGUGAUCUUUUGAGGGUUCGAUGUACUUUGACGUUGUGGCGGUCGGUGAUGAAGUUGGUGGAAGUAUCGUCUUACGAGUAUGGUCCCGGUUGGUGGUCAUUCCAAUGUCGAGGUGGUUUUAAGGUCGUUGACACCGUUCCUUCAAAUCAUAGGGGUUUCCGCCACGAGUUUGUUUUUGUGUAUUAUGGUGGAGAGUGGGGCAUCCCGUUGGUUCCGGGGUCCGAGGGUCCGAACUUUUCCCUCAAUAGGAAAGUGCCGAUGAUGUCGAUAGAUGAGGCGAUAGUUGCUAUAUAUCUCCAGAAAGUGGAGAAGCGGGUAAAGGGUCAGCGGUUCCUGGUUGCCCCAUUCUGGUUGCCGAGUUCACGGGAGUUGAGUGACGAGCACUUCUUGUCAUCAUUUGGUUUGAGUCCGGCUUAUCCUAAGGAUAUUGCCCGGUUGAAGUUGGACGAGGAAAUGGCGGGGAGGAUUAGUGCUAGUGCUCUUCUUGCCGCACAGAUAAGGAAGGACCUGGCCGCUGGAUCGAUGAAGGUUCCUGAACCUCCGAAGGAUCCCAAAAAGCUGAAGAGGAAAAGGGCGCCUACUACUAAUCUGGUUCCGACGGCCGCUCUGACCAAACACGCGCCGAAGAAGGUUUCUCGCGCUGUGUCGACGACUGCUGCUUCGGGGUCCAAAGGAUCAAAAGCUGCCAAGAGAGUGGUUCCUACCCCUCUUAGGGUUUGUUCUGACGAGGAGGAGGGACAUCAUGCCCCCGUAUCCGAGGAUGGUUGUGAUCAGUCUACUGAGUAUCUCGCCGAGGAGGCUCCCCUGGCUCGGGGGUCAUUGAUGUGUCUUUCGACCGAUGAUGGGAGUUCAAAGCCUUUUGCAGAGCUUCCUUCCAAUCUGAAGAAUCGGCGUAUGAGCAGGGCGAUGGGUGAGUUGUUUACUCUUGCCGACGAUGCUCACUUGUCCUCCCUUGGGAAGUCUGAGAUUGAUGCCCUCCAUGAGAGUUGGGCCGAGUUUUCCAUCAGGAUGACGGCUUACACCCGCCGAUGCUACAGUGGGGAUUCAGAUGAGGUAGAGAGGUUGCGGGAUGAGAUCGGGAAACUUCAGGAGAAAGAGAAGAUGUAUCUCUCGGAGGUGAGUGAGCUGAAGAAGAAGCUUCAUUGGACUGAGUCUGAGUUGGAUCGUGCUAAGAGAUGCCUUAAGAAUGACGAGGGGGAGCUCCAACAGGCCAAGGUUGAUCUUGCCAAAGCCAAGGAAGAUUCGACGAUUCUCACGAGCCAGCGUGAUUCCGUUAACAGGGCGCUGAAGGAUGUGAAAGCUGAGUUAGAGGCCGUCAAGGGUCGGCUUAAGACUUCCGAUGCUAGGAUUGGUGAGCUUUUGAGUUCGCAGAACCGUCUGAAGGAGAAGAUCAUCGAAGAAUGGAAGAAUUCCGAGGAGGGUGAGGCUCAUGAUGUUGAGAUAGGCCUUGAGGCGACUUCUGUUGUUACUUCCGACACAUUGCGUCGAGUUCAGCUUGCUUUGGCUGAGUUUGCGCCCAAUGUACGUUGGGAUGAGAUACAAGGAAAGUAUGAUUCUAUCUUGGCCAAGGAGCGAGAGGAUCUCAGAGCUCAGCUGGUUGCUCAGGACAAGGGCGAUUCGUCCGAUUCUGAUUCUGCUAGUACUUCGGGUUCUGAUUCGAGCAGCAGUGGUGAUGAUGACGCUGGUAGCCAUGUUGAUGUCGUCGACCCUUAG